AUGACAUCAACCGCUCAACGCCGGCUCCUCCAGGAGUACCGCAUGCUCACCAACAACCCACCCGAUGGCAUCACCGCGGGUCCUGUUUCCGAAGAAGACCUACUGAACUGGCAAGCCCUGAUUCAAGGCCCAGAAGGCACGCCGUUCGAGGGGGGCGUCUUCCCAGCCGAGCUGAAGUUCCCCAGCGACUAUCCGCUAUCGCCGCCGACCAUGAAGUUCUUGGGCGAGAUGUGGCACCCAAAUGUAUACCCGACAGGCCUGGUAUGCAUAUCUAUCCUCCACCCAGCCGGCGACGAUCCCAACCACUACGAGCACGCAUCCGAGCGGUGGUCACCCAUCCAGUCCGUCGAGAAGAUCCUGCUCUCUGUCAUGAACCUCCUGGCCGAGCCCAAUGAUGAGAGCCCCGCCAAUGUCGAUGCCGCCAAGAUGUGGCGCGACCGCAGGGAGGAAUACGACAAGAAAGUUCGGGACAGCGUCAGACGAUCGUUAGGACUAUAGUUGGUUGGGAUUAUGCUCUAUCUGUAUGGGGAAGGAGUUCGGGCCUCCCAGGAAAACGCAGGCGCUGUGAAGACAUCCACUGCGACCACCCAAAACACCCGUCCUACCUACAGACAUUAGGGGUUGGAAUCUCAGCAAGGUGUGCUCUCGGAGCGUCGGAAACCUGGGGAAUGGCACAUGAAAUUUGUGUACACCACGCAUGCAGAGCGCGGAGUUUUGCGGUGGAAAUGCCAUGGCAUAGCCUCUGGCUAUUCAAAGCACCAGGGACGAGCAAUUCAACGGUAAGGAUGUGCCCAUCAAUGGAAAUCAUUCUUAUUCUCCUC